GCCUCUCUUUUACUCUCGAUCACCUCUCCAAACCUAAUAUCAACCAAUACCCGAUUAGGUACCUCAACAACCACCAUGGACAAGCCUGUUGCCGAUCCCUCGCACCCGCCGGCCGAUGGAACAUGCUUCUUCCUAAGCCUCCCGCAAGAACUCCGCGACAUGGUCUAUGAAUACGCCAUCACUUCUCCGGAGGGCCGUGUCGUCUUGUGCCAGUACUUCGCCAAGCAAGCCCUCAAGGUGAACCAACUGCAAUAUGUUUCCAAGCAACUGCGCGCGGAAACAGUCGGCUUGACUCUAAAGUUCAACAAAGAGAUUCUUUUCAAGGGCGAUGAGACGACGUUCGGUGAUGGGAACGAGUGCGCGAUUGAGCAAUGCCUUGCCUUCCUCCAAGAGUGCAGCGAGACUAGCCUAAAGAAGCUGAAGGAUGUUGUCCUCCAUGUCGAAGGAGACGUUGAGGCGCUUCCAUACCCGCUCAUCAAAGGACCUCUUUCCCGCUUCUGCUCUGAUAAUCCACACAUCAUCAUUACGAUCCGUGUGCUUGAUUGGGAAUACGCAGCUCACAAGUUCAGGAUCUUUUUCUAUUUCGGGAUGUGGCUUGAUGGAUCGCAGUUUGCGGGAGACCUCGGACCGGCAAAUAAUCUCAAAGUGGCGCCAUUAAGUCGAUUGUUCGACGAAGAUGCGUAUCUGAAUAGUCUCAGAGACUAUUGCCGGGCCACAGGGAUUACGUGGUCUAAUCCACAGAGACAUGUGGACGAGACGAACCGAUUCUAUCCGGAGGGGGUUUCGGGCGGUAUUGUAGAUGGGGCGGACUGGUCUCAAGGAGUCCAGGCAGCAAAGUGGGUGGAUGGACGAUGGGAUUGGGCGGGAAGAGAUCCUGAUUCCUGGUCAUACGGCAAGCUUUGGUUUCGGACAGAGCAUCGACGGCAUGGAAUGAGAGCGUAG